UCAUUGUUUCCGUAUUCCAGCAGGUUCUUGUUUAACUGUUCAUGGACAUUCAGAGAAGUUGCCUCCCAUUGUACUUUCAAAUCUUUGUUAUGCUGUACAUUGAGAGUCUUUGUUUGAAUACAGUACAAUGAGGGUUUCGGAUGGAAGGCCUGAAUACAGCGGGUCAGCCCAUUAUCCCAGAGCUCGCUCAGUGGAGUUCAUUCCCUGCAACAACAGGCUUCUCUUCCAAUGUAGAAAUGUGUAUGGCACAGUUGUGCAUUUGGUCAGAUUUGGAUCAAAUACAGACAAAAUACCUGAAGUGGUCUUUUGGUCUCCACAGCUUGAGAAAUGGCAGACUGGUCAAUUUUGGGUCGCUUCCUAGCAGAGGUUCAAAACCACUCUACAGUAAUUGGCAAGAUUUGGCUGACAGUGCUGCUAAUCUUCCGAAUUCUGCUGGUGACUCUGGUGGGAGAUGCUGUGUAUAGUGACGAGCAGUCCAAGUUCACCUGUAACACUCUUCAGCCUGGCUGCAAUAACGUCUGCUACGACACCUUUGCUCCUGUGUCCCACCUGCGCUUCUGGGUCUUCCAGAUAGUCCUGGUCUCUACUCCGUCCAUCUUCUACAUUGUCUACGUUCUGCACAAAAUCACCAAAGACGAUAAGCUUGAGAAAGAAAAGGCCCAGACUGAGGUCAAGCAUCCACAGGGGGAGUAUAUCAGGCAGCUGGGGAGAGAAGGUAACGUUUAUGAUGGAGGGAAACCUUCCUAUGGGCCGCAGGGUGGGGAGUGGGGAGGCCAUGAGGAGGAGUCUAUAGAGCAGAGCCUUCUGCAGGAUGAUUACAGGGAGGUGGGGAAGGACCCAACUGAACUUUCCAGCCAGGUUCUGCUCAUAUACAUCAUCCAUGUGGUUCUUCGAUCCAUCCUCGAGAUAACGUUCCUGGUAGGUCAGUACUACAUGUUUGGCUUCGAGGUGCCACACCUGUAUCGCUGUGAAACCUACCCCUGCCCGACACGGACUGACUGCUUCGUCUCGCGAGCUACUGAAAAGACCAUCUUCCUGAAUUUUAUGUUCAGCAUUAGCCUGGGCUGUUUCCUCCUCAACAUUGCAGAGCUCCACUACCUGGGCUGGGUCUACAUAUUCCGCAUGCUGUGCACGGCGUGCUUCCUGUGCUGCAGGCCAGAAGCAGAGCUGUAUUCUCCCCAUAAUCCUCUGCUGCUAAGGCUUAGGCACUCCAUGAGAGGCAGGUUGGUCCUUCAGCCCCACACAGCCACCCUGUCCCACGAGAAGACGUCCAGUGCCCUGCUGUCCCACACACCAGCCAUUUCUUUCGAGACAGACUCCACGGUAGAGUGCACCUCCAAGAGGAAUCCAGAGGAAAAAGAGCGAAUGAGACUAAAGCUGGCAAACAUGGCUAGGCUGAGCAGCAAGAAGUCUUGGCUAUGAGUCAAUUUACUGCAAAUUAACAUGACUAUUAAUUUGGCACUCUUUGUAUAAGAGGUACAGUAACAUGUGCAUAGUACUAGUACAAACACUGACAUGCCAAACGUCAAGGGAUAGCAGUAUGUAAUAUACAUAAUGAGGUAUGAGAUCAUGAAGUGUUACCUCAAGAGAAAGCUUGCUCUUGCCCACAUCUGAAUCUGAAGUUGUGAGGUGUUAUCAUGUGAGUAGGACAUUCAACACUGACCAGCUUGCUCAUGGCAAGGUGACCUGAAUUAUUAGGGAUCAAGCGAUGUCUAAAAGUGCAUGUUAAAUGGAUGGGGUAUUCCAUUUCUGAAGCUAUUCUGGUAUUUAACAUUCCUCGAUCCACAGUGUCACUUGUGUACUAAAAAUGCCAUAGAAAGCAUUACCACCCACAGUGAACAGUGCAGUGGGUGGUAAUGAUCGUGAUGAUUGUGACGCAUCUGGCUCGUAUUGUCCAUGCAUACAGGCGAGGGAUUCUGGUGCAAAUCACUUUCACAUUCAUUGCAGGAGACCCCACACACACGUAUCUCGCAGGUCAAUACAGCAUUCUUUAGCUUACAUGGAAUGUCGCAAAAGUCAUGGUAUAAGAUAAUAGUUUCGGUCCAAUGAAUUGUGGCAUGUCAGUGAAGUACGCUGACUAUGAAGUUUAGAAGUUUAAAACCCAUAAAGAAACCAAAAAAUAUAUUUUUGUUUAGAUUUCUAUGAUUCAGGAAGUUGAGAGUUGGCAACUCUACAGUCAUCCUUACUGCUCUUUGUUAUACUUAAUGAUUUAUAAUUUCAAAAUCUUUCUAAAAUGCUCAAUGUGAUGCCUGUGUCUUAU